AAUUCCUAGGAGAGUCUAAGAUAACUGAAAGAAAUGAAGGCACAAUUCCUCUUUAUCCUCUUGGCUCUCUACCUUACUGACGUCGGCUCAGCUACUUCUGCACAUGAACAAAAGCCGAACAACGAGACCGUCUGGAGGGUCUCAAAACAACUAUGCUGGGGUUGCAUAGGAGAGUCCUUAGAAUUUUUGUUCCAACACAAUUUGGUGAGGGCAGCAAAGUGGGAGAUGCCAUUCAUGUGGGACUUCCAACUCGAGAAAUAUGCUAGGUGGUGGGCAGGUCAGAGAAAAUCCGAUUGCAAAUUGCAGCAUUCGUUCCCGGAAGACGGGUUCAAACUAGGAGAAAACAUAUACUGGGGCAGCGGCUCGACAUGGACUCCAAGCGACGCAGUGAAGACAUGGGCUGCUGAAGAGAAGUACUACAGUUACAUGACGAACACGUGCGAGGCUGGUCAAAUGUGCGGACAUUAUACUCAAAUUGUGUGGAAGACUACGACGAGACUCGGGUGUGCUAGGGUUGUGUGUGACGAUGGAGAUGUGUUUAUGACUUGUAAUUAUGAUCCUCUGGGGAAUUAUAUUGGUGAGAGGCCAUACUAGCUAUCGAUGUUUAAUUUAAGAUAUAUUGGAUGUGUUUCAAUUUUAAUAUAAUAUUGGACGUAUAUAUGGUCUUCUAGCUAAAAGGGAAGUCUUGUAUAAGUGCAUAUAAAUUGGCUGUCAGCAGGGACAAAGCCAAAAAUUAUGUUGAAAGGGGCAUCUUCAAGCAAUAAUGUAACAUUAAAAUUACAUAUGUUUAAAAAUCGGACUACUCGGUUGUCUA